AUGUCGUUUCCGGUGUCCGGAAAAAACGCUAUGGUCACAGGCGGUGCUUCAGGUAUAAACCUUGCUUUUGCGAAACUGCUUGCAAGCAAAGGCGCCAACGUUAUCGUGGGAGACAUCCAAGAGUCUGCUGCAUUCAAAGAGUUUGAGAAACAACCAAGAGAAACCAAGCUUUUGUUCCAGAAGACCGACGUCUCGAAAUGGAGUGACCUCGAACGCCUUUUUGCACGCGCAAAGUCAGAAUUGGGACCGAUAGACAUAGUUUGCAAUGGGGCUGGCGUAUUCGAACCACCAUGGUCGAAUUUCUGGAACGACACAGAAACAGAGAGCUACAAGUCCUUGGACAUCAAUCUCACAGCGCUUAUCAAAGGAACACGCUUAGCCAUCCGAGACCAAAUCACGAGAUCAAAGGGUCGCAAAGCCGGCGGCACCGUGGGAGUGAUCCUCAACAUCUCCUCCCUGGCUGCACAACGCAUGCUCUUCAACCAACCAAUUUACAGCGCCGCAAAGGCUGGAGUGUCGGCAAUCGUGAGGUCACUGGCUCCUCUACACGAGGAGUUCGGCAUCAAAGUGGUGGCCGUCGCGCCGGGGAUGGUAUAUACGCCAUUGUGGUCCGACAACCCCGACAAGCUGAAGGGCGCCCAUGAAAAAGACAUCUGGAUCACCCCGGAGGAGCAAGCAGAGGUCAUGCUAGAAGUCGUCGAGAAUGGCGAGUACGAAGGUGGCACAGUCCUGGAAACGCUCAAGGGAUCUACAAGGAGGGUAUACAUUGACAGUCCGAUGCCUGAGGGUCCCGGAUCCACCAUGUCCAAUAUCGCUGUGAUUACCGAGGACACUAUUGCGCUAUUGGAGCAAGAGAGGAAAGGUGGUAAGGCGACAAACGGUGUGUAA